CACUCGACUUGACGUUCCGGUUGCGUCACCAAUGCUCGGAGCUUCUGAUUGGUUACUUGGGUUCGCUUUAGCUGCGAUGUUUGCCAGGUUUCCCAAAAGCGAACAACAGUAUUAGAAUAAAUUAAAGUGUUAAAUGCUGAAAACGACAUACAUUUUGGAGCUCAAAUUGCCCUCAGGAGAGAGUGGAGCGGCUAGUCGCUAACACAGACACUUUCCCUCGACCAAGAAGGGUGACACAACUCAACUUCACCACAUACACACACUAUUCGUGUCGUCUAUCAUCCGUCAGGUCAUGUGGAGGAAGGCCGUGCUGGUGGCCGUGUUGGCGUUGGGGAUGGGCUAUCUGUUCCACACUGACCCGGAGCUACCGGCCCAUGUGCUGAACUACAUCAGCGAAUUCCUGCCGCAGAUGGAGCCGAGUGGCGGCUCAGAGCUCCGCCCCCCGGCGCUGGAGGAGGCCAUCUCACGCGCCUGGCAGACCCUAAUCACAGCUCCGGCCCGACGCUGGGGGAGAGUGGCGGUGGGGGUGAACGCCUGUGUGGAUGUGGUGGUGUCCGGGGUGGGGCUGCUGCAGGCGCUGGCUCUUGAUCCAGGAUACGGCAGAGACCACGAGGUGCUACACAGCAAAGAAGACCUGAAAGAGGCCUUCAUCCACUACAUGGGGAAGGGCGCCGCCGCAGAGCGCUUCUUCUCAGACAAGGAGGUUUUUCAGAGGAUCGCACGGGCGGCUGCAGAAUAUCCUGGCGCUCAGCUUUAUGUUGGCGGAAACGCUGCUCUGAUUGGCCAGAAACUGGCAUCUAACCCACAGCUCGUGGUCCUCUUGUGUGGUCCAGUGGGGCCGAAGCUUCAUGAUAUGCUGGAUGAACAGAUCGUGGUCCCGCCAGAAUCUCUGCAGGAGACAGAUGAGUUCCACCUUAUCCUGGAGUACAAGUCAGGUGAACAGUGGGGUUCCUCAAGAGCUCCCCAGGCUAACCGCUUCAUCCUGUCCCAUGAUGUGUCCAAUGGGGAAAUGAGCACGCUGGAGACGUUCGUGGCCAGUUUGGAGGAGUUCCAGCCGGAUCUGGUGGUUCUGUCUGGACUGCAUAUGAUGGAAGGAAUGGGCCGAGAUCUGUGGGAGGAACGACUGAAAGAGGCAGUGGUUGCCAUCUCAGACGUGAGGAACGAGGUGCCCAUCCACCUUGAGCUGGCCAGCAUGACAGACAGAGACUACAUGAACCAGAUCCUGCAGGAGCAGGUCAUGCCCAUCGUGAACUCCAUCGGUCUGAACGAACAGGAGCUGCUGUUUUUGACUCAGUCCGGAGGAGGACCUCACGCUGACCUCACUUCCUGGGACGGCAUACCCGACGUGGGCCGCGUCAGCGACAUCCUGCUUUGGGUCUUAGAGCAGCACGGCCGGGCGGACCCAGAAUCCGAGGCCGAUCUGACCCGGAUCCACUUCCACACGCUGGCGUACCACAUCCUGGCUACGGUGGACGGGCACUGGGGGAACCAGGUGGCGGCGGUAGCUGCGGGCGCCCGUGUGGCCAGCAGUCAAGCCUGCGGCCUGCAAGCUGUGGAUAUUAAUAAGGUGGUCCUCAAGGCGCCUUUGAACUUCUACAGCUCUUCCUCAGAACCGAGGGAGAGCCUAUCGGUGGACCCGACGAGACCGGUCGCCGUGUGGCGCAGAGGAAACGUGUCUUUCCAUUUCACGCCGGUGCUGGUGUGCAAACAGCCGCUUAGAACAGUGGGAUUGGGCGACGCCAUAUCAGCAGAGGGACUUCUGUUUUCAGAGGUCACACCUCCAUCUGAGCUCUGAGAGACACACCGCUUCCAUCUUUCUGAAGAAACGUCCUCAUCGUUAGAUCCUCUUGAUGAAAAAGACUCGCAGAGCAUCAAAAGAGGAUGUUUUUUUUGUUGACAUGCAGUUCGAGUGCACUGUCCUCUUUCCAGAGACUUUGUUGUUGCUACUCUUGUCUGAAAUCAUAUUGUGAAAGACAGCACUGAACGCAACAACACCAUUUUUUUUUUAGGACGGUGGAUUUAAAGGAUUAGUUCAGUUCAGAAUUCAGAUUUCCUGAUAAUUUACUCACCCCCAUGUCAUCCAAGAUGUUCAUGUCUUUCUUUCUUCAGUCAAAAAGAAAUGAGGGUUUUUGAGGAAAACAUUUCAGGAUUUUUCUCCAUAUAGUGGACUUCACUGGGGUUCAACGGGUUGAAGGUCCAAAUGUCAGUUUCAAAGAGCUCUACAUGAUCCCAGACGAGGAAUAAGAGUCUUAUCUAGAGAAACCAUCGGACAUUUUCUAAAGAAAAUAAAAAUGUAUAUACUUUUUAACCACAAAUGCUCAUCUUGCACUGCUCUGUGAUUCGCCACGCAUUACGUAAUCAUAAUGGAAAGGUCAUGAGUGUCAUAGGCGAAACUUUGUACAUCGGUACUUCCGUUAUUUUUUUGAUGACCGAUCGUUUCGCUAGAUAAGACUCUUAUUCCUCGUCUGGGAUCAUGUAGAGCUCUUUGAAGCUGCACUGAAACUGACAUUUGGACCUUCAAACUGUUGGUCCCCAUUGAAGUCCACUAUAUGGAGAAAAACCUUUAUUUCUUCUCGACUGAAGAAAGACAUGAACAUCUUGGAUGAAAUGGGGGUGAGUAAAUUAUCAGGAAAUUUAAAUUCUGAACUGAACUAAUCCUUUAACCCAAAAUAAAGUUCGGUCAUCAUUCACUCACCCUCAAACCUAAAUGACCUUCUUUAUUUAGAAGAAAUAUCACAUAAGUGAAAGUCAAAUGGGUUUUGAGCAACAUGAGGGUGAGUAAAUGAUGAAAGAACUUUAACUUUUACUUUUAACUUUUUUUAACUAUGAGCUCAUACUCUGGUUAACAGGAGCAGACGACCUGUGGUUAUGGAACGGCUGAAAGGUGAACCAAAGGAUGAUUUUAGAGUCCUAAACAUCUCAAAUCUCUAUUAUAACACUCUUUUAUUUGGCAUUUGAACCGUUAACAAGUAACUUAAAGGCCGCCGAUUCACUUCAGGUUAACCAGGUUUAUGCAGUUGGUGAUGCGUGUCAAGUAAUGUAAAGUUCUCUUAUCCUAAUGAAAUUUAGUAGAAAUAAUUAAAGCAAUGUUCCCAGGUUCAACCUAAAGUUUAAAUAAUUCCUAAAUAAUAGUUUAUAGUUAAUAGUUUAAAUCACCAGCUUAACUGACGAUAUUGUGACCAUUAUUAUGUGCACAUAAUGUCAUUUAAAUAUUAAGUACCAUUCAUUAUUCUGGUCUUAAAUGUAUCUUAUUGUUCUUAAGGGUGGGAAUAGAGCUGUAGGUUUUUGUACGUUGGUACCAGCAUCAUUUGUAUAUAAUAAGAGAAAUCGAAAAUAUUUUACAUUCAGUCUGGUUUAGUUGCCAUUGAUUUCUGGUGGAUCAUGUACUGUUAAUGACGACUGUUGUGAUUUAUGAUGCUUCCUAUCACACAUAAUGAAUCUGUACAUACAAAUUAUUCUUAUUAGUCUUAAAGAUGAUAUUUUCAGCCAUGUUGUACCAUCCACGCACCUUUGACGUAUAAUUUUUAAUGUUUUAUUUGGGACGUACUAAUUAAUCUCAGUAUGUGAAUGAUCAUUUGUCUUAAAUCAGCCUUAAUGUAUUACAAAACUGAGGCUUUUUAACAAAGUCUUAACAGUUUUAGAAACAUUCAGCAGUGUUUGUAAAGCAAUUGUAAGUAAAUGAACCACGAAUGGUUUUACAAACGGUUUACACACAAAUCUAUUUGCGUUUCAUAAAUAAGGCCUUGGCGAGAGCUUCAGAUCAGCAGCUGGAAGAAAAGCCUCGGCUCAUGAACAUGAUGGAUCUUGUUUUGUACUGUAUUUCUGUUACACUCCAUGUUGACGCUGUUAGUUUCUCAAACCAGCAAAAGAACCUUGAAUUUCAGAAAGUUUUGUUUUUUUUAGUUUAAUGGUUACUAAUGGAGGACUUUUUCAGCAUUACAGCAAUACUUAGAAAAGGUUUUUUUUGUUUUUUUUUAUGAAACGCAGCAAAUGUUGAGCAUUGGUGUGAGAAAUUAACAGAAAGUUCAUAUUCAUGCAACUUUUAGAUAUAUAAAACAUUUUAGGGUUCUAGUUUGCACAUGUGAUUAUGCAACAAAGUCUUUUAAGAGUUACUGGGCAAAAUGUCAAUCAUAAAUGUUAAGACUAGAAAUAUUAGCUCUGUUAACUUGAGUAUGGAAUAUUUUUAUAUAAAUAAAACACUUCUGUUCCAGUUAUAAAA